AUGGAGCUUUUCACCGGCGGCCGGGAAGCUUUCCCUCAACACGUGACGCCAUUUCCUGAUUUAACGGCGAUUAUGGAACCGGCGGAGGACUUGAUGAUGAGUGAUCAUCGACCUACUCUGCCACCGCGAAAGCUGCGUCCGAUUAGGUACAACGGGAGGUCACCGGCGAGCUCACAAGCGGAGGAUCACUCGGAGUUUGCUGAGGCGGUUGAACUUGUCGGUGAUGAGGUGUGCGCGAUAAAUGGAAGUUCCUUUGACUACUUGACACCUCCUAUUAAAGCUGAAGUUGGUGACGUGACGGCUACUGUCGGCGGAGGCGGCAGCGGAGUAGAAGGACCGCCUAGCUCGGAGCAGAGAGGAGAGCCUUCUGGUAGCUCAUCUUCGGAUAGUGAUGAUGAUCUGUCAGCAACUGGGAACGAACCUUUAAAGAAGAGGAAGCGAAAAAGCAGGAAAAAGAUCAAACUUUUCUUGGAAAAAUUGGUGAUGAAAGUGAUGGAUAAGCAGGAGCAGAUGCAUAAGCAAUUAAUGGAGAUGAUUGAGAAGAGGGAAAAGGAGAGACUGAUUAGAGAAGAAGCAUGGAAACGGCAAGAGAUGGAAAGGGUAAAAAGAGACGAGGAAGCAAGAGCACAAGAGAUGUCUCGUAGCAUAGCUCUCAUUUCCUUUAUCCAAAACGCUUUAGGCCAUGAAAUUGAAAUACCCAUAUCGACAAUGUCAUGCAUGGAGGAAAAUGGGUUUAAAGAUGCAAGUGAAGAUCAUAUUCAAAAGGACACGGUUAAUCCAAUUGGUCCAACGAAUAGAUGGCAAGAAGGGAUGAUGCAAGCUAACGGGGCCGAAAAUCAUGAAGGCGGUGUCAGCUGUGAUCCAAAUAAUAGGAGAUGGCCAGAUGCAGAAGUACAAGCGCUGGUAAUGCUUCGAAGCACUUUGGAACACAAGUUCCACAUCACGGGCUCUAAGUGCUCCAUAUGGGACGAGAUAUCGGCUGGGAUGUAUAAUAUGGGUUACUCCCGAAGCGCAAAGAAGUGUAAAGAGAAAUGGGAAAAUAUCAAUAAAUACUUCAGAAAAUCCAUGGGGAGUGGUAAGAAGCAUCACGAAAACAGCAAGAGAUGUGCGUAUUUUCAUGAUUUGGAUGUGCUGUACAAGAAUGGAUUCGGUAAUCCAGUGAACCAUAUCAACUGUAUCAAAGUCGAUAACAUGGACAACGGUGAAAGCUUGAAAGGUAAUGAAGGUUAAUAAAAUUAGGAUUUGGGAUUUUACUGGCUGUGACUUUGCAGGGACCUUGAGAGCAUGAAAAGCAGAAAAUAUUGAGAAACUCUUAUGAAUGAAGGGCCUCAAAACCUGAUUAUGAGGUAGUCACGUGAACAUUGUUUGUAAUUUGGGCAUGGAAUCUGUUUCUUUUGUCCAUUUUUGUUUUUGUUUUCCUUAGUCAUUGAUAUUUUACCUCUUGUUGUGUUCAUUGUCCCGUAAGAAACAGAGGAUAUCAGUUGGGAACCGAAGUUGAUUUGCAUCUUGUCAGUUGUGUGUGA